CGACUGAGAAGGGAUCGGUUUUCCUCGUCUUGGUGUCCCAGCGUCGAGGCCGAGCGGGUGGGAUCGCCGGAUAUUUGCACGGGAAUCAGAGUAGGAGAUACAGAGAUCAUGGAGGAUCUCGGAAUAGAAGCUAAGGACGCCGCUGUCCGCGAGGUCGCGAAGUUGCUCCCGCUUCCUGAGUUGCUCGCUUCUAUAGUCUCCAUCAAAGCCGACUACAGUUCUAGGCAACAGGCAAAUGACGCACAACUUAGCACAAUGGUUGCUGAACAAGUUGAGCAAGCUCAUGCUGGUAUCGAUGCUCUUGCUUUAUCCCAAAAGACGAUAAACCAGCUACGAGAAAACUUUUUGGGCAUCGAUAAGUUGUGCCAGGAAUGUCAAACACUCAUUGAAAACCACGAUAAAAUAAAGCUUCUUAGCAAUGCAAGAAACAACUUGAAUACCACGCUAAAGGAUGUGGGCGGAAUGAUGUCAAUUUCUGUUGAAGCUGCUGCUGCUCGUGAUUCCCUACAUGAUGAUAGAGAGCUUAUUCACACAUAUGAAAGGCUAACAGCACUUGAUGGUAAGAGGCGGUUUGCAUUAGCAGCUGCAGGAUCUCACAAGGAAGAGGUUGGCAGGCUAAGAGAAUACUUUGAAGAUGUUGAUCAAACAUGGGAGACUUUUGAGAAGACACUAUGGGGGCACAUUUCAAACUUCUAUAGGCUUGGGAAGGAGAGCCCACAGACACUUGUUCGAGCUCUGAGGGUGAUAGAAAUGCAAGAAAUCCUUGAUCAGCAACUGGCUGAGGAGGCAGCUGAGGCUGAGGGUGGAGGUGCCAUGGCAUCGAUUACGAAUUCUCGAAGAGCUGCAAAGUAUGUAUUUCUUUUCUCUCACAUCAUACAGUUUGUGUCAAAUGGUUAAGGUCUACAAGUUAUACAUCCCAUUUUGUUGUUUGAAUUAAUUUAAGUCCUCUGCAAAUUGCUUUUAAUAACAUCAAACUCUGAUUUAUCCAAUUUUAGUUCUAUUAUCCUUGGGAAAAGCAGUUCUUGAAAAUUAAUCUUUGUGCGGACAUUCCUUGAAUUUUCCAAUGACAAUUGUAGCUAAUAUUUAUCUUCUCAAUUUAGGAUUCAAUAUUAUGUGUUGGUUGGUAAGUGUAAACUACCCUGGUAGUGGUGCAUUAUCAUUAGAAUAAAAUUCUGGGACAUUGAUAAAGAUAAUUAGGGCUUUUAUGUACUCUUUGUAAAACUUAAUGUGUUACAAUGCACAAUCCAUUUCUGUUCUCUCUUUUUAUUGAUAAUUUAAGUCCUCAUACAUGCUUGACUAUAUUUCCUCAGCUAUGCCAUUUU